UCGAACUUGGAUAUUUGUAUUCAUAGAUUUUUUGUUUCGUUUAAUGUAAUAAUAACUAAUUCAUCAUUAAUUACAACAAAUGUAGUGAACAGAUAUUUUAUUUAUAUUACUGUGCAAACGACAGUGAUUUCUUCACGAAAACACAAAAUUAUCAAGAUGACGGAGACGCGUCGCUUGCAGCUUCAUCUUGGCAAAUGUAUCGAAGAUUUAGACAAAUUACACAAUGUUCCGGAUUUAAAAUCGAAAAGAGCUCAUUUGUUAUGUAAAACUGCUCAGAAAUUGUUUGAGAAAGCUGAACAGGAGCGCGACAGAGGCGAUGAGGAAAACUCUUACGUUUACUAUAUGAAAUAUCUCCGCGUUGUGGCGUUCCUCAGCAAGGACAAGGAGUACAUUAAAGAUAAAACUUACUACAACAACAUGCUAGGAACAAAAAAUCCCAAUAAGGCUAUUGAUGCAGCUGAAAUGUUAAAGAACAGCCUUAUUGAUAGAUAUGCAAAGGAACAGAAAGCAAAACGAUUGCAUGAUAUAAAAGAGAAUGAACUUGUUAAGCAGAUGAUUGACGAGAAUAGGAAGAAAGCAAUUGAAGCCAUCCCAGUACACGAGCAACCACAACCUUUAGGAGUACCAGGUCCAGAUGAAGUAACAAUUAAGAGUGAACAGUUGUAUUCAAUUCUCAAGAGUGGGAAAUUGAAAGUAAUGAUCCUUGAUGCUCGUCCGGGGAAGGACUAUUUGGAAUCUCACAUAAAUUACCCCGCCUGUAUCAGUAUACCUGAAGAAUGUAUUUCACCAGGGCAAUCAGCGAAUGUUCUAGAACAGAAUUUGCCGUCAUCGUCCCGUGCGGUGUGGUCGGAGCGCGCCGCCAUGGAGCUCAUCGUGAUGCUGGACUGGAGCAGCACGGCUGUCAUACCUGGGAAGACAUUGCAUCUCCUCAAGACUAUACUACUAAAGUGGGACAUAAAAGUCCAGUACGCUCGCCAGCCGCUGGCACUGCUCGGAGGAUAUGAAGACUGGCUGCUCAAGUACCCGGCAUUCACUACCAACCACCUCGCUGUUCCUCCCAGUCAGAAUAGCAUGCUUGAUGAUAUGUUAGGUGAGAUAGAGUACCCCAACUGGUCUGACGUGAUCCCCCCGUCCCCCCCGGCGCAGCAGCCCUCGCCCCCGCAGCUCGCGCCGCAGCACCCCGCACAGCACGCCGCACAGCACGCCCCGCAGCACGCCGCGCCGCGCCCCAAGCCCGGCGAGCCCGUCGUUGAUAGGAGUAGUAAAAUGGCGGCGGUGCAGCUGUACGAGGAGCGCGCGCGCAGCAUGCAGCUCAUCCUGGAGGAGCAGCAGCGCAUCGCCGACACCUCGCUCACCCUCGAGAUGCAGAGGAUCGAGGCUGAACAGGACUGGGAGAAGGUGCGCGAGCAGCGGGAGGCGGCUCAGCGCGAGGACCUGCGCGCCAUGUACCAGCUGCGCCAGCAGGAGAUCUCCUCGCUCCUCAUGCAGCUGGAGAACAAGCAGUUCGAUAUGGAGCAGGAGAACCAGCGGCUGCGCGAGCAGCUGGAGGAGUACCAGCGGCGCGAGCGCGAGGAGGAGCGCCUGGCCGACAGCGCGCGCGCGCCCAGCGCCGCCAGCGACGCAGACGCGCACGCGGCGGCGGCGCGGCAGGAGGCGAGCGCGGCGGCGCUGCGGGAGCUGAGCGCGCGGCGUGCGCGCAUCGCGGAGGUGCGCGCGGCGCGGCACCACCUCGACCGCCGCAGGGAGCUGCUGGAGGCGGAGAGGAAGCGGAAAUUAACCGAAGCACGAACACGAAGGAAGCCACAGCAACAAGGAUGCUAA